AAUGUCGCCAAUCUCUGUCCAAAGCAUGAUCCAACGCUGCUAUUGUGACCCGUCUCUUUUCCCACUUGACUAGACAAGAUGGUGUUUCCCGUGUGAUGAGAGGAGGGAGGGCAUCUGUUCUGCCUGGCACUGGAGCAGUUAGUGUAAAUAGGACACAGAUUAUCGAUCCAUGGCAUCAGCACAGUCACUGUGGUGAGGGAGGCUUGACACGUGCACGAGCUAUGUAACUAUCAUCAUCACUUCCCAGCUUCAGUGCCGUGGGAGUCCCUGCUUUCUGGAGUUUCUGCCUCCAGUUUGAGUCAGAACACCACUGAAGAUAACUUCAGGAUCACUGGAAGUUUUUCCUCUAAGCUGGAUUAUUUAAACUUAAGACAGACAUCAUCUCAUCUACAGAAUGACUUGAUGAAACCAACUGUGGAACCUUCCAAACAAAGUGUUAUGAUGCUUUGACCAAAGUUGCCAGAUGGGAUGUAGGUGGAUGGACAGCGGCACAACAAGCGCAAAGCCUGGUUCUGUGACUCGCCAUGCCUGAGAUGCAGACCUUCUUCCACACCAUGGCUCGCUCCCCCAGCAUCUACCUGGACCACACCUUCAUGCAGCGACGGGUCCUGGAGGACCAAGUGGAGCUGUGGUGGUUCAAUGAGCCACGACGCUCCUUAUUGUGCUACUGUGCCUCAGUCGCCCUCAUUCUGGGGUUGGGCCUCGGUGGCGUUGGCCUGCUCUCCACCACCACCAGCCUGUCUGGGGAAUGGCGUCUCGGCGUGGGCACCACCCUCUGCCUCCUGGCCCUCGCCGUUCUCCUCAAGCAGCUCCUCAGCUCUGCCAUCCAGGACAUGAACUGUGUGCGUAGCCGGCGUCGGAUCGACCAGCUGAAGAGCGGAGGGAGGGCUGACCCGGCGCUGAUUCUAGCCGUGGGUUUGGCAGUGACCCUGUGUGGGACGGUGCUGCUCUGUGUGGCCGCCGUCGGCACUCAGGGUCACGACAGCAGGGAGAUGCUGGUGUCCGGUCUGGUGCUGAUGGCCGCUGGGACGGGCAUGGCUCUGGCUGUGGUGGCUUAUGGUGUGCUGGUGCACCUCAAAAGAAGAAGGGAGCAGAGGAUGAGGAGGAGGAGGAUGAGGAUGAACAGAGCGAGGAGGCUGGGGAGUCGAGCUGUCCGAGUGUUCAGUGUUUCGGGGGGACAGAUGAGUCAAGCCAGGAGAGAGGCGUCUUCCAGUAGGACCAGUCUGAUCUGAGUGGACUAAAUGUUCAAAAAUAUUCAGUGAAAGAGAGUCUUUGAAAGGAAAGACGGGAUGAAAUGUCAAAUUGAUACAAAAAUCAGAGGAAAACCGUGCAGAAAGAACAAAAGAUAAGAAUAAAAACUGACAACUGCUGAACAUCAUCAGAACAAAACAUUCACAGAACAAAAGACUGCUGUCAAAUAUCCUCAAUAUUUUAACAAGUGCACACUUUCUAUGUGCUCUUUCGCUGUCUGAGUUCACAGCUUUUACUGCAUCUGGGUAUUCACGGCUGUCAAUAAAGGCUCAAGAAGUGUAACAUGGAAUCAAAGUAUCACUGUGUUGGCUGUGUUUUGUGAGUUCUGAGUCACUGAGUACGAGGACAAAAUGCUGCCAAAGUAUAUUUUAGAAUGAAUGAAUAAAGAAUUUUAAAAAGAA